AUGGCCCGGACCCCGACAGACCUAGUCACGCCCGUGCCGGCCCUGAGUUCGCGACGCCGUCCCAGCGACAAUGGGUGCGGCAACGAAGCGUUGGCGCCCAUGUCCCUGAACCAUCUCAAAGCGAGCGAGAUUAUCCAGCGAGUCCACGGCGAUGCAAACAACCUGCUUCGCAAUAUCAACGGCCUGCUUCAGUGUAGCAGAGCACCCUCAGCACAUGAUAGUGGCCGUGUGGCGCCAGGGGUCCUGCUCGGCAACCCAAAACUGCUGCACGCGCAGAAAAUUUCUCAACAUAUUACCGGAGAUAUGGCGGAGUUGGUAGCCAUCUCUGAGAAGUCCGAAGAGGCUCUACGGAUGCGACGUCCCAACCAUUUGCGCAAGAUGCGUCGCAAGCAAACCGGGGUGAUUGACAACGGCAUGGAUCGUCACUUGAACAAGAGCCUGUCAGAUCCCUCUGUCUGCCACAACUGCUACGCUACCUGUACACCGCAGUGGCGUAGCGGACCUGCGGGGCCGCGCACUCUCUGCAAUGUCUGCGGCCUGAUUCAUGCCAUGAGGCAGCGGAAGCAGGGGCUGAGGCACAGCAAUCGUGUUUCGGCGUCUUCGUCGCUCUCUUUUACGUCUUGA